AUGGCCAAUGAUAAGCGGCGGCGCAUGACUUAUAAUGGAAAAUAUGGCCAUAAGCGCCGGAGAUAUGUCAGAAUAAAUGGAAAUAAGUCAGGAAUAUGCACCGAUGAACCGAACGGACAUGGAAUGGAUGGACAGAGGACGAGCGACGGAACCGAGGAUGCGCACGCUGACACACGACUGAUGGGCAACCGGAGCACUAGCAGUGCUGUUCCAUCCGAACAAGCAUUCUCAAGUGGAGGAAUCACUUUGACUGUCACAUUGCAACUGUUAAAGGGAGCGUAUAGGAAUAGGCACCUUUCUGCUGCAGCAGAGGCUGAGGGACAUGCAGCUUCAUUGGAUAUGUACUGCAAAAAAUUUUGGGUCCGGUUCACGUUUGAACCGGAAAAAAAACCAAACCUGACCACUGCAAACCAUUCACAAAGGUUCGGUUUAAGGUUCAUCGAUAAAGCACUAGUUGCGGGAUACGCAGGAGCUCCAGUCAACUGCAUGGCCUUAUACAGUGAUGAAGAUGAUGAAGACGGUGAUACUCACAUGGAUCCCAACCAGGGGGAUUCUGACAGCCAGUCUUCUCGCAAACACAGGUCCACCCGUCCACGUGUGAAGCUGGCUCAAAGUCUCAUCAGCAUUCACCCAGUCAGGGAUCUCGUCGCCCCUCCCUCAAAUGAGCAUGCACUUCUUCCUCUUCCAGGUGCUUGGUCCUUGGAUGCACGCCUCACAGAGCAUGAUCUGAAAAAACCACAUCGACCCAUGUGCAGCCAGAGCGUCCACCUGCACACCUCUCUGUUACUCGUUCAAAGUCCCCUCAAUGCUUACCUUGUUCUUCCUCCUUCCGCAAACUGUCUCCUCAUUGGUGCUCUCCAACUCAGUCUACAGUUUCUUCCAGUCACAAACUGCCCUCCUCUCAUCAACAGUCUUUGUCACAGUCUCUGCCCAAGGAUUCUGCUCAGCCAGAUCAGACACCUUCUUCCGCUCCUAGUUCAAGCCGAUCUCACUCUUGUAGUGCCUCACCUGUUCAAUGCAGCAAAUCUGGAAACGGUGCAUGUUCAUCAGGAUGCUGUAGUACUGGCACAAGAAGUUUUGGGUGCUGUAUUAUGGACAUACCACACAAAGAAGGUGAAGAUUGACAAAGGUUAUUUUCCAGACAUAUUUUUGAAGGGCAACUCAAUGUACAAGGAGCACGUCAGUGCAGCAGCAGCUAAGCUCCUUAAGACUGGUGAAUAUCUUCAGCUUUCUGACUCUUCUGAGCUCGGUGGCAACCUCGUGGUUCUCAAGGAAGCCUGCCUCAGUUUUUACUAUGGCAAUGGUAAAAAAGCGCUCAAGCUAACUGACGAAUGUCAGCACCAAAUUCCUGUCAAUGGCCUUAUUCUGGUGGCCACAGUUGCGAAGAAUGUUCUCUCCAGCUUCCACAACAGUGGUACUGACAAGUCCAUCGACAAAUUGAUGGACAUUCCCAAACGUCGUGUGGAACUUGAAGAGAUGCUGAGGGAAUGGGCCAAGGAGGGGAUGAUAGGUGAACUUUGCAAUGACUCGGACAGUGCAGCAGACAGCGAGGAUAUCAAUAUCAUCAUUUAUACAAAAAAUGUGCUGCAAAAUUACCUAGAAACGAGUAAGACCAUCGAGCUCGCUGUUGUGCAUGCCGAGCUCAAAGGGCGGACAUUACUGGCGCCAGUAUUUGUAUACAUACAGCAAAUAAUGGAACAACAUACAAUACAAUUGCAGACAGGGGGAAAACAAAUAUGA